GUCACCCAGCCCCACAGAGGAACAGCUAAACAAAUUACGAGCGACACCGGAGCAAGUUACAGCCAGGUUCAGCUUGGAAGUUAAUCCCCUUUAUAAGCCGUUCUUGACAGGGAGUGGUAAACGGUAUUAUGCCGGAAGAAAUGGUGCUCUGCGGCACGGCCAGCUUCAAGGACGUUGACAAGGGCGAGCCGACGAGCGGCGGAGGCAAGCAGGCGCAGAGGAAGGAGAAGAAGAAGCCGGGCGCCGGGAAGAAGGAGAACCCGUACGCGUCGCGCGGGCUCGACAAGUUCUCCAUGGUGCUCGCGGAGCUCGAGUCCCGGCGGGAGAAGGUCCUGCGCCGCGUCGACGGCGGCGACCAUGUCAUGGUCCGGUUCGUGCAGUCCGAGACCAAGGGCUGGGUGCCCAUCGUCGUCAAGCUGCCCGCGGAAGAGCCCGCCGCCAAGGCCGAGCCCAAGAAGAAGUGCAAGUUCAAGCUGGCCGUCUCGCCCACGCCUCCGCCCACGCAGCCGCCGUCGCCGCGGACGGAGUCCACCAGCCCGAGAGGAGGAGACGACGCCGUCAUGCACGUCGCGGCUGCGACGGCGCCGGCUGUCGCCGCGGCGCCGGCGAAGAAGAAGGCUUCGGCCGCCGGGAGGUGGCCGUGGGCGGACAAGGCGAUCAGGCCGAGCCAGUACUGGCCGUUCGUGGCGAUGCUGCUGCUGGUGAGCCUGGUCGUGUUCGGGAGGAUGUUCGCCAUCUGCUGCACCUCCAUCUGGUGGUACCUCGUGCCCAUCUUGAACGGCGAGGAUGGAGGACCGAGAUCCAUGGGCAAGACCGGCAGGCAUCUCGGCAAGAAGGCGAGCGACAAGAAGAUCGGCGAGAAGAUUACUUGGGCGUCAUUGCCUCCUUCACAUGGCAAGAAGGGCAGCUCCGGCGACCAUGAGAUGAUUUCGCCUAGAGGAUCACAUGGCAAGAAGAGCAGCUCCGGCGACCAUGAGGUGAUCUCGCCCAGAUCACAUGGCAAGAAAAGUAGUAGCUCCGGCGACCACGACGUGAUUUCACCCAGAAGCCAUGCACAUGGGAAGAAAGGGUAAUUCGCACUUAGAAGGUCGUGUUGUAAAUAGUCGUCAAACAGAGUGGCCAGAAAGAUCAAAUUUCAGGUUUUAUCUUUCCUACCGUUCUCCGGUUUUUGUUGUUCUUUUUCUAAGGAAAAAAGAGCUGAUUGUAGAUUUGUAAUGCAUGGAAGUGUCCAUGUACACCAGAUCAGCCCCUUCAUGUGUGGCUACUCAAACAAAGUGUUCAGAAA